GCGGGCUGCGGAGAGGGAGGAAGAAGAGAAAGUAGACAGCGACACAGAGAGGAAGACAGAGACAGACAGGAGGACAGAGACACCGAGCAGCGGCAGGAUUUGCAGUCUCUCCAUCAGAGAGUGAAGAUGAACGUGUGCGCGCUGGUUCUGGGUCUGUCCCUGGGUCUGACCGUCUGCGCGGCCCGGUCUCCGUACCAGGCGGUCCUGCAGCACAGCCGGAUCAGAGGCCGGCAGCAGGGACCUAACGUCUGUGCGAUGCAGCAGAUCAAAGGAACGGAUAAGAAAUAUUUCACCAACUGCAAACAGUGGUACCAUCGGAAGAUCUGCGGCAAACCCACGGUGAUCACCUACGAGUGCUGUCCCGGUUAUGAGAAGAUUCCUGGAGAGAAAGGCUGUCCGGCUGCGCUGCCUCUGGUGAACAUCUACAACACUCUGGGCGUGGUCGGAGCCUCCACCACUCAGAUGUACUCCGACCGAGCCAAACUCAGGGCGGAGAUCGAAGGUCCGGGAAGCUUCACCUUCUUCGCCCCGAGCAACGAGGCCUGGGCCGCCCUGCCCACAGAGAUCCUGGACGCUCUGGUGAGCAACGUGAACAUCGAGCUGCUGAACGCUCUUCAUUACCACAUGGUGAACCGCCGCCUGACCUCCGAGGAGCUGAAGCACGGAUCGUCCUUCACCUCCAUGUACCAGGACUUCCACGUCCACAUCCACCACUACAGCAGCGGGAUCGUGACGGUGAACUGCGCUCGUCUGAUCAAACCUGACCAACACGCCACCAACGGCAUUGUGCAUGUGGUCGACCGUGUCAUCACCGCCAUCUCCAACAACGUGCAGACGCUCAUCGACGUCGAUGACGACCUGGAGACGCUGCGUACGGCCAUCGCCGCUGCAGGUCUGACCACCAUGUUGGAGAACGAGGGUCAGUACACCAUCUUUGCUCCCACCAACGAGGCAUUCGAGAAGAUCCCUCAGGAGACCCUGAACAGGAUCCUGGGAGACCCCGUGGCUCUGAGAGACCUGCUGAACUACCACAUCCUGAAGCAGAUGCAGUGUGCGGAGUCCAUCGUGUCGGGGACUCCGAUGGAGACCCUGCAGGGCACCGUGCUGGAGGUCGGCUGUGACGGAGACCAGAUGACUCUGAAUGGGAAGGCCAUUAUCACCAAGAAAGACCAGCUGGGAACCAACGGAGUCAUCCACUACAUCAGCGAGCUGCUCAUCCCGGACUCAGCCAAAACUCUCCUGGAGCUCGCUGAGGGUUCAUCCGUUUCUACGGCGACCAAACUGUUUGUUGAAGCCGGUCUGAGCCCCCGCCUGACGGGGUCCGAGGCGCUGACCAUGCUGGCUCCAAUGAAUGAUGCCUUCAAGGGAAGCGUGACGAUGACUCCUGACAUGAAGAAGCUGAUGACCAAUCACAUCCUGAAGGAGCAGCUGUCGUCGAAGUCUCUGUACCACGGUCAGGAGCUGGAGACGCUGGGAGGCCUCAGACUCAGAGUCUUCGUCUACAGAAACAACCUGUGCAUUGAGAACGCCUGCAUCGCCGCACACGAUAAGACCGGCCGUUACGCCUCCAUGUUCACUGUGGACAAAGUCCUCACUCCACCAAUGGGAACCAUCAUGGACGUCCUGAAGGCAGACGACCGCUUCAGCCUCCUGGUCGGUGCCAUCCAGACGGCAGGUAUGACGGAGCUGCUGAACCAGCAGGGGGGGCUCACCUUCUUCGCCCCCACCAACAACGCCUUCAACGCCCUGCCGCCGGCCGACCUCAACCGGCUGAUGCGUAACCCGCAGGAGCUGUCAGGUGUGCUCAGGUACCACCUGGGGGAGGGCAUGUUGGUCAGUGGAGGAGUUGGAUCUCACACCAGAGUCAAACCUCUGCAGGGAGAGAAGCUGGAGCUCGGCGUGCGUAACUACACCGUCUACGUCAACAAAGUCCCGGUGACAGACGCAGACCUGAUGGCGACUAACGGAGUCGUCCACGCCAUCAACAGCAUCAUCAGACCUCUGCCUCUGAAAGUGGACAGAGAACAGGCCGACGGACCCGCAGCUCCUGUCAGAUCAGCCUCCUCCCCCAGGGCAGACUCCAGGAGCUUCAGGAACGACGAUCUGUUCCAGAAGGUGAUCAGGAGCCGCUCCAGCAGGACGAUGAACCACAGCCAGUGAAGACGCAGACUCACCACGACAUCAGAGGAACUGCGUUCUCACCCCGACGGGUCAAAGGUCACAAAUCUUAAAGGAAAAUCCCCCUGAAAUCCUCUGACGCUGCUGCUGUUUGUCUGAGAGCGGGAAAUGCUGACGACCGCUGAAAUCACAGGUGAACGUUCAGAUGGCGUGAGACGGAAAUCCACAGACAGAGAAACCAGGUCUGAGUUUCAGAGCCUCUGUCUUCAGACUCAAACCUUUAAAAGAAAAGUCUGUAGUCGUGUUACAGUGUCUGAGGGUUGUUGAAAGGCAUUCUGGGAAAGGCGACACGUUUGAACGUCAGAGGAUCUGAGGGGGAUUUUUCUUCGUUUUCACUUCUUGAACAGAAGAAGAUGAAAUUUUGUUUUUGAUUUUUAAAAGUUCUUUUUAUUUUUUACCAAACUGUUUAGUUUUCUGUGUGUUGUAAAAAAAACAACUGGUUCUGACCCAGUGUCACUUUCUGAAGUUUGAACUUUCACGUGUAAAAUGUUUGUGAAGUAUUUUUUUGUUUUGUUUUGCUUUUUGUUGUUCUGCCUCUGUUUGUUGUCCUGUAGCAUGUCCGCAGGUUCGAGCUCCAAACAAAGUGACCUGAUGCUUUCUGGAGCUUUUUAGGAUUUUUUUAUGCGUUUUUUUUGUAAAAUAAAGCUGAAAAAUGAAAACA